GUUUUAUGUGCUGAAAGAGUUGGCCAGAUGACUAAGACAUAUAAUGACAUAGAUUCUGUAACUCGGCUUCUUGAGGAGCAUUCUGUUGACAGUUGAGAAUUAAGGUGCUCUGGUGGCCUCUGGAAGCAGAUGAGUGUAAUGUGUGUAUCCCCAUGCCUUCAACAGGCCAGAACAUGGUAGGUUCUCAGUAUUUAUUGAAUGAGUGCCCGUCUUAAAGCACUACCUCCCACUCUCCCCACAAAUCAGACCUCAAAUGCAGAGGUGCUAACCUUUUUUUAAAAUAUAUAUAUAUUUUUAAUGUGGACCAUUCUUAAUGUCUUUAUAGAAUUUGUUACAAUAUUGCUUCUGUUUUAUGUUUUGGUUUUUUGGACCUGAGGCGUGUGGGAUCUUAGCUCCCUGACCAGGGAUCGAACCUGCACCCCCUGCGUUGGAAGGCGAAGUCUUAACCACUGGACCGCCAGGGAAGUCCCAAGAGCUGCCACCCUCCUAAGCCCUCUUUAAUGACCUCGGCUACGCCCGACACUCAGAACUCCUUGGCAUGGCAUUCAAGGCUACACACUUGAUCACAUUCCUGACUCCUCUUAGUACUCAUCACCGGGACCUGCCUCCUGCUCUCCCACCUGUGACCUUUUGCACCGUUUGGCCCCUCUGUCUUUUCUUGCCUUGAGUGUCAUACUGCAGGGCUCACUGGGGAUCUCUGAAGCUGUCACACUCCCCCAGCCCCAGGUAGUCCGUGCCCCGGCCAGCCCUGAGCUCGGGAGCCACCCUGUCAUUCUGUUGGCUUUGUUCAUCCAACUGCAUUGGUUAGAAGUUUUUCCAAGGCGAGGACCCUGUUGGGUCCUGAUUUCUUUCUCCCUUUUAAUCUUGGAAAUGAUGGGCCUUUGAUAAGUGUCUGCCUCUGUGGUCACGCUUAUUAUUAAGGGUAAACUUUGAGAGCUGGGUGUCGUCUGUGCAUCAUCUCAUUAAUUCUACGAUAGUUCUCAGAAGUAGAUGCCACUGUUUCCCCCAUCCUACUGUGAGGGGACCUACAUUUGAGAGGAAAGACGACACCCGGUGGCUCAGCUGCUUUCCAGCCCGGGCCCUUAACCACUGUGCACGUGGCCCUGUUGAUUUUGGCUGUAGUUGUUUACUGCCCUGUUUAUUUAGUUUUGGGGAGUACGGUUAGUUGAUUGUCAAUGAGACAUUUUUACGUUAAAAACAUGAACUGGAUAACUUUUGUUUUAACGGGAUGCUGCUUCAGUGAGUAUCCAUGGCCCAUGGUUCCUGGCUCCUGCCGAGCGUGAGCUGGCAGGGCUGGGUGAGGACUCUGCAGGGCCAGACCCGUCUCUGCUUGGAUGUUUGAGGACCACUUCAGAGGAGCCUGGGACUCCAGCCCUGUAUGCAGAUCCUGGUCAUCAGCACUUCACAGCUCAUUUCUUAAAUGAGUGUCACUGUAUAAAAAACAGUUACAGGUUUCAGGACCAUGGAAGACCUAGGGGAGAGAGACCAUCAUUCAUGCAAGAGCUCCAGAGAGCCAAAUCGCUGUUGGAUCCAGUCCCCCCAAACUAUGCUCUGACCUCCAGUGCUCUGCUCGUAAUUCAGCGAAACUCCCGUGAUGAGCAAAGGAAGAAAGAACGGGAUCUAGAGUUGGCUGCUCGGAUCGGCCAGUCGUUGUUGAAGAAGAACAAGACGCUAACCGAGAGGAAUGAGUUGCUGGAGGAGCAGGUAGAGCACAUCAGGGAGGAGGUGUCACAGCUCCGGCAUGAACUGUCCAUGAAGGAUGAGCUGCUUCAGUUCUACACCAGCGCCGCAGAGGAGAGCGAGCCGGAGUCUGUGUGCUCUACCCCGUUGAAGAGGAAUGAGUCGUCCUCCUCUGUCCAGAAUUACUUCCAUCUGGAUUCUCUCCAGAAGAAGCUGAAGGACCUUGAAGAGGAGAACGUUGUACUUCGAUCAGAGGCCUGCCAGCUGAAGACGGAGACCAUUACCUAUGAAGAGAAGGAGAAGCAGCUGGUCAACGACUGCGUGAAGGAGCUGAGAGAUGCCAACGUGCAGAUUGCCAGUAUCUCGGAGGAACUGGCCAAGAAGACGGAAGACGCUGCCCGCCAGCAGGAGGAGAUCACACACCUGCUCUCCCAAAUAGUUGAUUUGCAGAAGAAGGCAAAAGCUGUAAGGCUUCUGUUUCUCUGGCUGAUGCAAAACUAGCUGUUCUGAGAUCGAGAAGGGGCAUUUACCCCAAAGAGAGUGCCCUUUAGAUUCAUAUUUCAGGAAUUUGUGCUGUCCCUUUAGAGCUUUUGCUAAAGCUUCGCGGAUUCAAUAGCA